UUCGCCUCUGAUUAGAAAUCCUUGGAAAAGGGGGUCGGACAGGGCACUGUACUCAAAUUGCUUUAUUGUUCCAGGGGGCUGCAGGAAAAACACGCAGGGGGUGUUUUGCACAAGUUGUAAAGUUAAAUGGUGAAGUGGUCGAUUUGAACCGAGCAGCAGGAUGUCUGAGUUCAGCGAGGAGCCGCGCUUCACUAUUGAGCAGAUAGAUCUGCUGCAGCGGCUGCGUCGCUCCGGCAUGACCAAGCAGGAGAUCCUGCACGCGCUUGAAACUCUGGACCGGCUGGACCGGGAGCACGGCGACAAGUUCGGCCGCCGCACCUCUUCCUCCUCCUCCUCCUCGUCCUCCUACGGAGUAGGCGGGGCAAACGGCUGCACCAACAACUCUGCCUCUAACACAACCACGUCAUUCAACAAUAACAACACUGCCUCUGCAACCACCACCUCUUCCGUGUCAUGCAACGGCAACAACGCCGCCAUCAACAACGGCGAGGUCGGCGCCGGCGAUCACUCCGCAGCCACUGCUUCCUCCACGACCUCCAAAAUCUCCACCGCCACUCAGACGCAGUUCGGCAGCGGCGGGGGGCUCUCGCCAUCUCCUAGCAACAGCUACGACACCUCUUCGCCUCCAGGUCCGCCGCCGCCUUCCGCCAUCCUGCCCUCGCCGGUGUCGCUGGUGGCGCUGUCACAGAACGGGCGCGACAGCCUAGCCGCCACGCCCAACGGGAAGCUUUCGCCGCCUCGUUACCCAGUGAACAGUGCAGCGGCAGCACGAGCCUUCGGGUUUGAAGCCUCAGAAGAAGAUCUAGAUGUUGAUGAUAAAGUGGAGGAGCUGAUGAGGAGGGACAGCAGUAUGGUGAAAGAGGAGAUCAAAGCUUUCCUAGGGAACAGGAGGAUCUCUCAGGCAGUUGUGGCACAAGUCACCGGCAUCAGCCAGAGCAGGAUCUCUCAUUGGCUGCUGCAGCACGGCUCUGACCUGAGCGAGCAGAAGAAACGGGCCUUUUACCGCUGGUACACGCUGGAGAAAACCACUCCAGGUGCCACUCUGAACAUGCGGCCUGCUCCGUUGCCCCUGGAGGACAUGGAGUGGAGGCAAACCCCGCCGCCCCUCGCUACUGCCCCAGGAACCUUCAGGUUGCGUCGGGGAAGCCGCUUCACUUGGAGGAAAGAGUGCCUGGCUGUGAUGGAGAGCUACUUCAACGACAACCAGUAUCCAGAUGAGGCCAAAAGGGAGGAGAUAGCAAACGCCUGCAAUGCUGUGAUUCAGAAACCAGGGAAGAAGCUGUCUGAUCUGGAGAGGGUCACCUCCCUCAAAGUUUACAACUGGUUCGCCAACCGUCGCAAAGAGAUCAAGAGACGGGCUAACAUUGAAGCCACAAUUCUGGAGAGUCACGGGAUAGACGUCCAGAGUCCAGGGGGACACUCCAACAGCGACGACAUCGAUGGAAACGACUUCUCAGAGCAGGCAUGUGACCUGCCCUAUUUUGACAAGAGACCUCUCAGCCGACCUUUUGGCCUUUACCGACUGGAGCCCACCUCGCCAACACAGGACGACAGCGCAGCACACAGCGAGCACCAGGACCCCAUCUCUCUGGCUGUGGAGAUGGCCGCCGUCAACCACACCAUCCUGGCCCUGUCCAGAACCGGAGGGGUGCCCAGCGACAUCAAGACGGAGUCCCUGGAGGACGAAUGAAUGACCCCCCCCACCCCCACCCCCUUCGCUCCCCCCCAGCCCUGCACAGGAAGUGGGAUGGAGGAGGUGACGAGAGAAACGAAAAGAGUCGGGAGGGGAGAGGGAACGAGGAGUAGAAAAGGUGGGAGACAGGACGAGGGGAGGGGGCUUAAUAAAGAGAACAAAAUAACGCUACUUAGUAAACCUUCUGAAUCUAUCCCUCAGCCAACCCCCCCCUUGCCAAAUGUUCCUCCUCUCUUGACUUCCCUCUCCCUCCCCUCCUCCCAGAAAGUCCAUGUAAACAGUAAUUACCCUCCUCCCUCACUUCACCCUGCAGCCC